AUGCCCGUGCCGCAACAUGUCCUGAACUGGCUUUACAGUAUUUUGACAAGCGAAUAUCAUGAUGUGAACCGCACCUACAACGAUGUCGCCCAGGCGCUCUCCCAUUACCCAUCUUUGGCACCGCGCACCGACGUUCAUACUUACGACAAUGGCUCGUCAGCCCUUCUUCUCCGCCUAUCUGGUACUAUACCCGUCAUUUUCAGGGGCACCACCUACCGCUUUCCCAUAUCCAUCUGGGUUCCUCAUGCCUACCCACGAGAAGCUCCAUUGGUUUAUGUCACUCCAACAGAGUCUAUGAUUGUGCGGCCUGGUCAGCAUGUAGAUCCUCAAGGCCAGGUCUACCACCCAUAUCUUGUAGGCUGGGCUACCUUCUGGGAUAAAUCUACAAUACUUGACUUUCUGGCCAUCUUGAGAGAUGUCUUCGCCAAGGAGCCGCCAGUCAUUGCCCGGCAACAAGGUCGACAGCUACAAUCAACCCCGGCGGCACCGCCUCCGUCGCAUUCGCACGUCCAGACGCCACCCCCUGUUCCGCCUAUUCCACGUGAGUUGGCAGCUGGUUCAUCCAGUCGCCCGCCUACCCAAACACCUACUGGUGCAUCACGGCCUCCGCCUCCGCCGCCAAAAACAUCGAGCACUGAACCACACAGAAGCCCACCACCGCCCGCGGAUGCCAGACACGGCCCCCCUCCCCCACCUUUACCCCCUAGUGCGAACCGUCAAAUCAUUCAUGGGGACCUCAACUUCCAAGAGCCAAGUCGUCCACAAAGUCAAAUGUAUGCUCGUUACGACUCAGCACCGCCGCUACCACCCGUGCCGUCCUCUUACCCACCGCCGCCAGCAUCUACACAUCCUACCGGGGACACCGCACAGCAACAGCAAUUCCGCUCCGGACAACCUCCUCAAUCUGUUGCUCCCCGCCAUUCCGCCGUCCUUACGCCUUACCAACAAACGUCUCAGCAAUACGGGGGACCGCCUCCUGGUUGGCAACCGGCCGGGCAGCAUCAGUCACCGCCGCCGCAUCCACUACAGCAGAUAGCAAAGCCGGCACCGCCGCUAGAUUUGCUUGAUGAGCCUCUCACUCUGAGCAUACCUUCGCCAUCAUCAGUUUCCGCGCCACCGAUUCCUCCGAAUCCGGAGAAGGACGCGUUGCUUCACCAAAUGGCUCAGACGCUCUACUCCCUUCGUCAACGUAGUAGACAACAGAAUGACUCUAGCAUGGCAGGCUUGCAGGCGCAACGUACAGCUAUGAUAUCCGCCUUCUCGACUCUUCAGUCGGAGAUGGGGGCACUCAAUCAAACAUCAGGCUUGCUUCAGUCCAAUGCUAGUAUCCUAAUCGAAGCGCUGCGAAGGGCCGACUCUGUUAUCGAGGGAUCAACACGACAGACUGCGCCUGACAUUGACGAGCUUUUGGUGGCGCCGACCGUCGUAGCUAACCAAUUAUACGCCUUGGUGGCCGAGGAGAAGGCCAUCGGGGACACUAUUUUUGUCUUGGGCCGAGCUGUGGAACGCGGCAGGAUAUCACCCACAGUAUUUGCUAAGACGACACGCUCCCUUGCUCGGGAGUGGUAUUUGAAGAAAGCUUUGGUUCGCAAAAUAGGAAAAGGAAUGGGGCUGACAGCCUAG